AUGAAUGAAGACGACGAGGAGCAGUCGCCCACGUAUCAGGGUGAGGCUUCACCAGGUGACGGUUACGGUGUUUUGCUUUUUCAUGAGGCACCGUCGGAGGGCGAAGACGACGAUAUGACGCCAACGCCUACAGCUGAUCAUGGUGCGCCUUCAGAAAAGAUAGAGGAUCAUAAUGCACCAGAGGACGAUUGUCGAGACGAGAUAAAGCGCGACGAAGAAGAUGCGGACGAGGAUGAAGGUCAUGAAGAAGAGGGAAACGCUUCGUUCCGCAGAGGAAAAAACACUGUCGACGGUCCCGCCUUACUACAUCAUGGUGAAGAUCGAGCUGAGGGUGAGUCGAGGGCUGUGACGUCUUCUGUCCAAAAAAUGACGCACAAUGGCGUAGGCGGGGACGGGGAACAAGAUGCAUCCGCGCUGGCUCCUAACGUCGUCAGCUCAGGCUCGGAAGCAUUGCCUGCAGAAUCUGCACGAAGCUAUGAAGAACAUGAUGCAUCAACGACAAAGGUACAAAAUCGCCAGCCACAAGCAACUAAAGUGUCGCCACGAGCAGGAGUAGGAGAAGCAGUAAGCGGAAGGGCCGAUGGAGGAACGCGAACGAAAAGCGAAAAGGAUACAGAAGUACAAAAGAACGAGAAUAAAGAUCCACAUGAAGUAGAGAUAGAACAAGAAGAACGUGCCAAUGCCAUUGGAGAGGAGAAUGUUGUAGUUCCCGUUGGUAUACCAUCGUCCGCUGCUCCAGGUAGCAUUUCUAGGAGUACUAGCAGCUCAGGAACCGGCGCAUGUGCAUCAGGGAACCAGUUGGCGCGUGCUCUAACUGCACUGUCAAGCGCAGAGGCAGCACUGGAUACAGCGAAUGGCAGAAUCGCGAGGCUCGAGCGCGAAAAUAGUGACCUGCGAAGUCAGGUUGAGCUACUGCAGGAAGAAGGCGCUUUGCUGAAGCAGCGCUUUCUAGAGUCAACGCCGCCUCAAAAAGUGAAAAAGCGGGUCGAGUUUGGGGUACAAACUGCUAGUCCAAUUGAAGAAUUGCUAGCCAAAGCCACGACCCUCCUCCAGGCUGACGAACAAGAUGGUCAUGCUUUUCGAGAGCUUGGAAGUAGAGUUGAUAAAGCGAUCGACGCAAGAACACUCACCAAAGCAAGUCAUCAAGACUCCACGUCCAAACUUCGUGAGGAGGGAACGAUAGAACCCAGCGCAGCAGUCACAGGAAGUCCACCAUCGAACGACACUCAAGCGAGUGGAGGACCGUCCAGUACGUUUUCUUCCGUAAUGGCGAGUACCGGCAAUCGCGUUUUUUCGAGUCUCCUUCUAACAGGAUCAAGUGCUGCCACGUCGUCGUCCUCGUCCCCGAGCUCGGAGGCUAAGUUGGCGACGGCGCGUGCUGCGUUCCUUGAGGAAAUGCUCACUAGCGAUUGCGUGACGUCGACAUCAUCUAGUUCCACCUCAUCUAUGAAACAUCAACUCGGCAAAGAAGAUUUUGAGCUUGAGGCGGCCACUACCAG